GUGACUCUCUGUCAUCUGCAUUAAUUCAAACAGUACGUUUUUAAGCUUGCAUCAACAUGAACGUCCUCGUUUAUUCUGUCAUUUCCUUUGGCUUUAUCUGGCUAACAGUUAAUUUAAUUCAAAAUUGCCACGGAGUUCGGCUUUCCAGCAUCUACCCUAACGUAACAAAGUGGAAACAUGCUGACAGGAGAGUGCAACUGAAUUACAUGAGCCCCCUACAAGUGAUUGCUUAUGAAACAAAUUCAAGCAAUUUGCCCAAACAGGAUUUAAAAUACGCAAAUUCUGCUGGAAAAGAUCCUCAACCAAGUAGUGCGGGCAUUUCCUAUCUUCCUGACAGUGUCGGCUAUUCCUCAAUUUUGACUCCCCAAAUCAUUUCCGGAACCAGAGUACUGAGUCGUCAGUACCCUUGGUACGCGCUGCUAAUUUUGGACUUCGGCUCACUUUGUGGCGGGACUCUUAUCAGCGCGAGAUGGGUCCUCACAGCUUGUCAUUGCACGGAAUACAUUUCCUUGGCCAUCGUUUAUGCCGGAGGUGUGGACCAGACGAUCAGUGAGCCUUUUGAAUCUUUUCGAUACUCGACCAAAUUUUGGUGUCACGAGGAAUACAACUACAACUAUGUCAAUAACGACAUCGCCGUCAUACAAUUGGAGAAUUCGUUUGUAUUAAACCAAUACAUCAAUGUGAUUCAGUUGCCCAGAACAUCCGACGCCACAAACACUUUUGCUGGGACUGUAGCCACCGUAGCAGGAUUUGGGAAAGUCAACGAUUCAUCUUUGGCGAGCCCUUAUUUACUCACAGUUGAUUUGGACGUGAUUAUCAACUCGAGAUGCGCCGCUUACUAUGGAGGUGCAACUGUGAUUUCGUCGACAAUCUGCACUGGCGACGAUCCCAUAAAAUCAAUUUGCGAAGGUGACAGUGGCAGUGCACUGAUGUACAAAGAGCUUUCUACAAAUAGAUUCACUCAAAUUGGUAUUGUGUCAUUUGGUUCCAUCGAUGGAUGCGUGGGAACACCUGCUGGCUAUGCAAGAGUUACUUCCUUCCUUAAUUGGAUUUCCAUGAGAACAGGCAUUGCAAUAAGACCAUAAUGUGCGCAUAACGGUUUGGUUUGGGUGAAAGGAGAGCUUCACAACUUUUUAAUAAUAUGAACCGGCCUCUUAAGGGUUGUUUUUGUUUCGAUAAAUGGUCUGAAUUAUACUAUUCUUAAUGCAUUAUUUUUGUGGUUUACCAAAUCUUGCAGUAAAAAUAAA